UCAGCCCCAGCCCUGGCCUGGGAGGACUUGUCUCCACACACACACAGACAGCAUCCCCUAGGCUUUCCACACUACUCACAUGUGUCAAUGGUGCUGCAGACCCAAACAGUCAGACCUGAGAGACCUCCUGGAGGUCUCUUAUCCCCUACACUUUAGUGAAAACACAAGUACACACAGACAGUGAGAGCAGCCCCAUGCACACACUCACAGCCCCCUCACACACACAGCCACGUGUCUUCAUGUUAUUCCCAUGCUCACUGGUAUUCCCAGGCACAGAUGAGCUCCUACUUAGCCGAGUCCUCACCUCCUCCAGGUACCCACAGAAGCAUGUGCCUUUCCACUAUCACAUGUGCUCUCGUGUGUACAUACUCACAGGCCCAGCCCAGUGGAUCCGAAGGACAGAGGGGACCUCAGGCACAGUCCUCCCACAGCCUGAGGCAGCCGGUGGCACCGUGGGAACUCAAGCUGAUGUCUGGUCAGUCUUCAAGAGGAGGACGCCUAGAGAGAAGACAUCCCAGACCCCCUGCAGUGUGUGGGAUGUCUCCAGGAGGGGAGAAUGGGCAGCUUGAACUCAACGUGGAGUCUGAGUGGAGCGAACCCCUCACAGAGCAGGCAUCUGGAUGGGCCACAGGCCAAACUGGACCAAACUCCUUGGAGAGGAAGACCUGGCUCAAGGCCGCACCACAUUUCCAUGUCAUUUCCAGGUGGCACCAAGAGGACUGGGCCGGCGUACAGGUGGACAAUCCCCAUCCAGGAGGCAAGGCAAAUUCCCAGGGUACCAGGUCACUGAGCUAGGGCUCUGGGGCAUGGCUCAGGAAUGCUGCCGCUGGGAUGCGAGGUGCCUGCUACUCCCCGGCCUGCCCUACCUCCAGGAAAGCCUGUCCCUCCCCAGCCUGGUCCACACCCCACUGCUCCAGGAAGCCUUCCCUGGCCAACUCCACCUAGCU